AUGGCCUACGCAUCUGGCGGUGGAUCUAGCCUCAAAUUUAUAGUUGUUGGUGAUUUGAAUAAUGACGCUUCUUUGGAUAUCGUCUUGGCUAAUUACGGUACUGGUAAUCUAGGUGUCCUGUUUGGAUAUGGAAAUGGUAAUUUCGAAAAUCAAAUGAUACUUAGUAAUGGCUUGAAUCCUCAUCCGACUUCAAUUACUAUUGAUGAUUUUAACGGUGACAGUAUAGUCGAUAUUGCUGUUGCUGACUAUGAUGGAAUGUAUGUAGAUAUGCUGCUUGGAAACGGGAACAGAUCAUUUGAAUCGCGAACAAGCAAAGGAAUUAGUUUGGAUUCACGUUUGUUAGCCAUGGCUUCUGGGGAUUUUAAUAAUGAUAAACGAUCGGAUAUAGUCAUCAUUUAUGAUGGAAUGGAUAAGGUAGAUAUCUUAGUUAGCUACAAUCAUUUUUUCUCAGCAGCAAAAAAAUAUUCAGUUGGCCAUGAUCAUAGAUCUAUUGCUACUGGUGAUUUCAAUAGCGACAAUCGACUAGAUAUCGUUCUCCCCAAUAAUGUCGAGAAUUAUGUGAGCGUCAUUCUUGGAUAUGAGGACGGUUCUUUUACAAAAGAAAUAAGAUAUACAGUUGGGGAAUGGCCACGAUCUGUAGCUGUUGGGGAUUUUAAUAACGACAAUCGACUAGAUAUCGUGGUCGCCAAUUCCGCAGGCGCUGAUGUGAGUGUCCUUCUUGGAUAUGGCAAUGGUUCUUUUGCAAAACAAACGAGUUAUUCGGUUGGAAACUGGCCACUAUCUGUAGCUGUUGGUGAUUUCAAUAACGACAACCGACCAGAUAUCGUUGUCGCCAAUUCGAACAGUGAUGAUGUGAGUGUCCUUCUUGGAUAUGGCAAUGGUUCUUUUGCAGACGAAAAAAGAUAUUUAGUUGGCUCUAAUCCACAAUCUGUAGCUGUUGGUGAUUUCAACAACGACACGCGACUAGAUAUCGUUGUCGCCAAUUGGGAAAGCGAUAAUGUGAGUGUCCUUCUUGGACAUGGAAAUGGUUCUUUUGCAAAACAAACAAGAUAUUCAGUUGGCUCUCAUCCAACAUCUGUCGCUGUUAGUGAUGUCAAUAACGAUAAUCGACUAGAUAUCAUCGUUGUCAAUUCAUAUAGCAAUGAUUUGACUGUUCUGCUUGGAUAUAAGAACGAUUCUUUUCUAAAAGAAACAAUAUCCUUAGUUGGCUCUUUUCCAUUUAAUGUAGCUGUUGGUGAUAUCAAUAAAGACGCUCGACUAGAUCUUGUUGUCGCCAAUGCUCAUAGCAGUGAUUUUGAUUUUAAUGUUUAUGAAGCAGAUGAAAUCGAUAAUGAAAUCGAGACCGAUGUUGAAGCGACAUCAUUACAUGAUGAUUUACAACAGCAAAACUUAACUCCAGAUCAAUUACACCAUUUAUUCUCUCAAGUUAGUUCGGAAUUAGUUGCAGAAUCAUUAGAUGAUCAAGAGUUUUUUAAACGUGAAGUAACAAUCAAACCACCGAAAACAAGUACAGUGAUACAAACACCAUUCCCACCUCCUCUAUCCAAUCGUAAAGAAGAUUUUAAUAUUAAUGUUGAAGAAUUAAAACAAUUAGUUAAAACAGAAGCAGGUCCACUGAUUAUUGAAAGAUACUCAUCUGAUAAAGAAGAAAUUGAUCAUGUAUUAUCAACUAUUACAUUGACAUUUAAUCAACCCAUGAUCGCUAUUGCAUCAUUAGAUGAACAGAUGAAUCCAGAAGGUCUAGGGAUAUCGUUAACACCAAAAACAGAAGUACGUGAUGAUGAACAUACUAUACAAACUGACGAAUUAGAACUACUAGAUGAAGAAACAGCAAAAACUGAAUUUAAAUCAUUAAUGAAUGAAAACGAAGGAAACCGUCAGCAAUAUAUUGCAUUUACAUUUAAAAAUGAAUUAUUGAAGGCCACACAAUAUACAAUUCAAGUACCUGAAGAUUGUCCCUCAGCAGAGGGGCCACUAAAGACAAAAUCAGAGUGGUCGGCUGACUUCCAUACUUAUGAACCAUUGAAAAUAAUUGAUUGGCUUCCAAAUAUAAACAAUACGUAUCAGCAAACUGCUGUUCCUGGUGAAAAUUGGUCACUUACAUUCAAUAAUUCCUUAGAUCAUUCAACAAUUAAAAAAUUCAUAUUUAAAUUCGAGCCGAAAGUCGCUAUUUUAAGUAUUGAACAGAGAGAAUACGAUGAUCGAGAAAUAAUAAUACGUAAUAAUUCUCAACCAAAUACUGUCUAUUCAUUGUUUAUACAACCAGGAAUAUUGAAAGAUAUUCAUGGUCAAGCAUUAGAAGAAGACCAUUUCGAUCAACCAAUUCAAUUUCAUGUAAAUGAUUCAAAUUCGCGAUUGUUUGGAGCUUUAUCAGGUGAAUCAGAUAAGAACGGCACAGUAACUACAUGGGUUACUAAUUUAAUAACUGGUGCACCUAUCAGUCAAGCAACUGUUUCAAUAUUGAAUCAGAAAAAAAUAACAAAUAAACAAGGAUUAUGUACUAUUGAAAGGUGCAUGGUAGAGAAUCAUGAAAGAAGACAAGUGGAAAGCGGAGAAAAAGAAAUAUUAGUCGUAGAAAAAGAUGACGAUCAAUGUAUGGAAGUAAAUAUCUCUCCUAAUGAAACAGAUGAUGAUGUUUACGUCUGGCAUGUGUUUAAUGAUCGUGGUUUAUAUAGACCAAAGGAAAAUUUGCAUAUAAAAGGUUAUGUUCGAUUACUAAAACAAGAAGGUGAAGCAAAAGUACCUACUUAUAGUCAAGAUGUAAUCAACUACACGAUUUAUGAUUCUCAACACCAACAACUUCAACAGUCAAAAGUGGAAUUGAAUAAAUAUGGUGCAUUUGAUGUCAUAUUUACAUUACCUGAUAAUGUUAACUUAGGUGAUGGAUACGUAAAGUUCAGUUUAUCAAAUUCCGAAAAUAGUACAAAACAUUAUUUUAAUGUUCAAGAGUUCAGAAAACCAGAGUAUCAAGUUUCAUCAAUGAUUCAAUCAACAACUGCACAUUUUUGUCAUCCAACCGUUGAUGAAUACGUCAUAGCUACUUGUCAAGGAAAAUUAUUUUCUGGUGGCUACUUAAGUUAUGCGAAUGUUAAGUGGACAGUACAAGCUAAAACAACAACAUUCAUACCAGCUAAAAGAUCUGACUAUAUAUUUGGCAGAGGACAAUCAUUCUUCUCCUGGUCUGGUGAUGAUGAUGAAACCAACAUAUCAUAUCCAAAAAAACAUCUUCAAGGUAAAACAAAUAAUAAAGGUCAACAUGAAAUAAAAAUUACCUAUCACGGUAUUGAACAAGAACCAAGACCAAUAAUUAUUCAUGCAUUGGCAGCCAUUACUGAUUUGAAUUCUCAAACACAAGAAACACAAGCAAAUUUUCUCAUUCAUCCAAGCACAUAUUAUGUUGGAUUUCAAUUCGUAAAGAAUUAUGGAAAGAAAGAUGAACCGGUGCAAACAAAAGUUAUCGUAACAGACAUUGAUGGAAAUCUAAUCGAUAACGUUUUAGUUCAGUGUGAGAUAAUUGGACAUGGCAAGGAAAAAAAAGAAAAUCAAAAUGGUUUAACAAUAUUUGAAGACGUCACAGAUGAACAAAGAUCAACAGUUUUCAGUUCAAAUAAAGAUGUAGUUAAUCUCGAUUUUACACCAAAAAUAGGGGGUAGAUACAAAAUAUCAUACAGUGUCAAAGAUGAACAAGGACGAUUAGCUAUGAGUUACUAUGAAAAUUUUUAUGUUUCUGGUGGUUAUGAACAAGAAGAAGUAAAAGAACGAAAAGUAGAUUAUAUUCCAACUGAUAGAGUCACAAUUGUACCAAAUGCAAAAACUUAUCAACCGAAUGAUUUAUGUGAAUUACUAAUCUUAGCACCGUUUAGUCCAGCUAAUGGUCUACUUAUACUCGAUUGUAACGGUCAAGUCUCACAACCAAUACAUUUUCAAAUAGAAUCUGAAAAAGAUUCAACAACUCUUGCAUUUAAAAUAUCAAAAGAUUGGGUACCAAACUUCACAGUCUACGCUGAACUAACAGGCUCAACUCCCAGAGAGACGGAAGUGAGUGAUUCCCUACAUCGUCCAGCAAUUGCUACUGGUUCAACAUCAUUAGAAGUAUCAAAAGAUAUUUAUAAAUUGAAUGUUUUAAUUAAUACGAAGGAAACAAAUAAAUCAUAUACACCAUCAUCAACUAUUCAUAUGGAUGUUAAUGUUACACAAUAUGUAGAUAAGUCACCUGUAGACAAUGCAGAAGUUUGUUUAAUCGUUGUUGACGAAGCAAUCUUAUCCUUAACCGGUCAUGAAAUAGACACUCCAUUAGAUAUCUUUUAUCCUAAACGAUCAGAAAAUAUCACAGAAUACCAUAGUAGAGAUCGUUGUUUGUUAUUGAAUGCACAAGAUAUUGAACAACGUAAAAAAGAUAUACGAGCUCGCUAUUUAGAUGAUCGUUACGGUGGUGGUGGUGGUGGCGGUGGCGGUGGUGGUGAUGAUUAUGAAUUGUAUCGUAUGCUCAAGUCGAUUCCUCCUGGCGCUCAGCAAAAAAUAGCCGUUCGAUCAAACUUCAGUCCAGUCGCAUGUUGGACACCCUCAUCAAUCACUGACUCAUUAGGACGAGUUUCAGUUGAAGUCAAACUGCCUGAUAGUCUAACACGCUAUCGUGUAUGGGCGAUAGUCGCAACUGAUAAACAAUAUGGUUCAGGUGAAAUGUCAUUAACCGUACAAUUACCAAUUAUGAUUCGACCUUCACCACCGAGGUUCCUUAAUUAUGGAGAUACAGCUUACUUCUCAGUUAUUUUGCAAAAUCAAACCGAUUUAUCAUUAUUAUUACAUGCUGGUUUGAGAGCAAUCAAUGCUAAAUUAUUAACAUCACAAACAAAUGAACAAACAAUUGGUUAUUCAAUUGUAUUACAACCAAAUAAACGUGCUGCUCUUAGAUUUCCUGUAACAACAAUUCAUUCUGGUACAGCUCGAUUUCAGUUCAUAAUCAGCACUGCUAACAAUGAAACAUAUGCAUCAUUUGGUGAUGCAGUUGAACUAAGUCUACCUGUAUUUACACCAGCAACGUCUGAAGCAUUUGCAACAUAUGGUGAUGUAUCUGAAGAAAUUGUUUUACAACCAAUAAAAACACCAAACAAUGCUCUUCCACAGUUUGGUGAAGUAUCAAUAACAACAAGUUCAACAGCAUUAGCAUCAUUAACUGAUGCAAUUGUCUCACUUUAUACAUAUCCAUAUGAAUGUACAGAACAAUUAAGUUCAAGAUUAUUAGGUAUACAAUCAUUGUGGAAUGUUAUAGAGGCAUUUCGUUGUAAAGAAUUAUCUGACAUAUCCGUAUUGAAAACUAGAUUAGAAUCAGAUAUAAACCUAUUAAAGAGUCGUCAGUAUUCAAAUGGUGGAUUUGGUUAUUGGACAAAUCAAAAUAAUUCUCAUGCUGAUCCAUAUAUGAGUAUACAUGUUGCACAUUGUUUGGCUGUCAUUGUUAAUAAAAGGGUAUUUCAUGUUGAUGUGAACAUGGUGAAAAAAUCGCUCAAAUACCUUGAAAACAUUGAAUCUGAAAUUGAUCAAUUAUCAUACAGUAAAUAUUGGUCUGAAAGAACUCGAUUUAGUUUGAUGAGUUAUGCAUUAUACGUACGAACGAAAUAUCGUCAAAAUGUUGCUGAUCAAUCUUUAAAAUUAUUUCAACAAAGUGGAUUUGAUAAACUUAGUUUAGAAGCAUUAGGUUGGUUAUUAAUAGCGUUAUCGACAAAUAAAAACAAUAAUAAAAAUGAUAUUAUCGAUAUUAUAUACAGAUAUCUCAAAGGUAAUGUAAGUGAAACAAGUGAAACAGCUAAUUUUAUUACAUCAUAUGGUGAUGAUGGUCAAUCAGUUAUGUUACAUUCAAAUCAACGAACAGAUGCUAUUUUAUUAGAAUCAUUAUUAUGCAUUGAUCCAAACUCCGCUCUUUGUACUAAAUUAUGUAAAGGUUUACAAGUGCAUAAAGUGAAAGGUGCAUGGAAAUCAACACAAGAAAAUUGCUUUGUAUUAAUUGCACUAGAUAAAUAUUUUAACGUUAAAGAAGAAGAUACACCAGAUUUUGUUGCUCAUAUUUGGCUUGACAAUGAUUAUUGUGGUCAGCAUCAAUAUAAAGGUCGAACAACAAAUUCACACACAAUAAAUAUUCCUAUGAAAUCAAUCAUAUCGCCAUCAUCAUCAUCAUCUAACAUAAAUAAUAAUGAUAGGAAUCUAAUCUUGAACAAAGAUGGUUCUGGUCGAUUAUAUUAUCGCAUUGCAAUGAAUUAUGCUCCAUCGAAUCUGGAACUAAAUGCAGUUAAUUAUGGUUUUAAACUUGAACGAACAUACACAGCAAUUGAUGAUCCGUCACAUGUUCAGAAACAAUCGAACGGAACUUGGAAAUUCAAAUUACAAGAAAAAAUCCAAGUUACAUUAACAAUGAUAACAACACAACGACGAUACCAUGUAGCAUUAGUUGAUUAUUUACCAGCUGGUUGUGAAGCAUUAAAUACGAAACUAAAAGGCACAUUGGCAGAUGAUUCAAAUUUAACCGUAACAAGGUCAAAAAGAAAGGAUAAUUAUCAUGAAUGUCGACCAUAUUCGAGUUUUAGUUGGACUGAUCAUGAAAACUUAAGAAAUGAACGUGCUGAAGCAUUUCGAUCAUCAUUGUGGCCUGGUGUAUAUGAAUGGAGUUAUGUAAUGCGUGCGACAUGUGCUGGUACAUUUAUUAUUCCACCAGCUAGAGCUGAAGAAAUGUAUUCGCCUGAAAAUUUUGGUCGAUACAAAACAGAAAAAGUUUUUAUUGACUAA